AUGUCGAGCAAGUCGUCCAAAGCCAUGGCGGCCAGUGCCGCUAAGGUGCUACCGCCAACACCAUCCGCCCUCAGUCCUCGGAAGACCCUGUCGGUCUACUCACCUGAGACCUAUGCCCAGCUUCUGGAACAAGAGAACCAACAGCUUCGGCUGAAAAACAAACAGCUACAGCUCGAGCUCCAGUCCCUCGAGACCAAGAUCGGCGCGGAGACUGCCUACAAGCGCGAGGGCGAAGAGCUGGCCGACAAGUACAGCGAUGCGCUCAAGCAGAGGGAUAAGUUGGUCGGCGAGAUUGCCGAGACCAUAAUCAACGAAUUCCAACGGUACAAGCGGGCGGUGCAGCAACGGUCAGACAAUGACGAGGAAAUCAAAGUAUACAGCCGAUUCGACGAGUCGCCCAUCUAG